UGGACUCCAUUAAUCCGUAGCAGUGCUGUGUGGAAAACUGUUUGGGAUACUUCACUUCUUCAGCGAGUUCUUCGUGGAUUUUUUUUCGGUUUUUAGCACCUAGUCAAGAAUAUCUACAUGAUUUAAAGAAGUGGGACUUGUUCUGUGCCGUGUAGUCGACUCUUUUGGUGGCUUUUUUCCGUCUUUGUGAAGGAUGGCUCUGGACGGGAUCCGGAUGCCCGAUGGCUGCUAUGCCGACGGGACGUGGGAGCUGAAGAUGCAUGUCACUGACCUCCACAGGGACGUGUCUCUAAGGGUCACUGGGGAAAUCCACAUCGGUGGAGUUAUGCUCAAACUUGUGGAGAAACUAGAUGUGAAGAAGGACUGGUCAGAUCAUGCCCUGUGGUGGGAGAAGAAAAAGACAUGGCUGCUGAAAACCCACUGGACGUUGGACAAGUACGGCAUCCAGGCCGACGCCCGCCUGCUCUUCACGCCUCAACACAAACUGCUGCGCCUUCAGCUGCCCAACAUGAAGCACAUGAAGGUCAAAGUGAACUUCUCGGACCGGGUCUUCAAGGCGGUGUCGGACAUCUGCAAAACUUUCAAUAUCCGCCACCCAGAGGAGUUGUCUUUACUGCGCAAACCUCGUGAUCCGAAGAAGAAGAAGAAAAAGCUGGAGGAGGCAGAAGACGACAAUCUGGAGCUGGAGGGUCCGCUGUUGACUCCUGGAUCUGGGAGUAUCUAUCCUAGUCCAGGCUUGUACAGUAAGACCAUGACCCCCACCUACGAUUCCAGGGAUGGCAGCCCCCUGUCGCCCACCUCAGCUUGGUUUGGAGACAGCCCCCUGUCAGAGGGCAAUCCCAGCAUCCUUGCUGUCAGCCAGGCAAUAUCUUCACCAGACAUCCUGGUUAAACUCUACAAACCCCAGUCCCUGCUGGACAAAGCCAAGAUCAAUCAAGGGUGGUUGGACUCAUCCAGGUCCCUCAUGGAGCAGGAUGUGAAGGAGAACGAUGUGCUAUUGCUGAGGUUUAAAUAUCACAGCUUCUUCGACCUCAACCCUAAGUAUGAUGCCAUCCGAGUCAACCAGCUCUACGAACAGGCCAAGUGGGCCAUCCUGCUGGAGGAAAUAGAGUGCACAGAGGAGGAAAUGAUGAUGUUUGCUGCCCUGCAGUACCACAUCAACAAGCUGUCAAUCAUGUCUUCAGACAACCACAUGAAUAACAGCGAGAAGGAGGUGGAUGAGGUGGAUGCAGCGUUGUCUGACCUGGAGAUUACUUUGGAGGGAGGGAAAACCUCCAAUGCGCUGGGUGACAUCACAUCUAUUCCAGAGCUAGCAGACUACGUCAAAGUCUUCAAACCCAAAAAGCUGACACUGAAGGGCUAUAAGCAGUACUGGUGCACGUUCAAGGACAUCACGAUUUCCUGCUACAAGAGUAAAGAGGAAGCACAUGGGACACCUGCACACCAAAUGAACCUAAGAGGUUGCGAGGUAACGCCAGAUGUGAAUAUCUCCGGCCAGAAAUUCAACAUCAAGCUGCUAAUCCCCGUGGCGGAUGGGAUGAAUGAGAUCUGGCUCCGGUGUGACACGGUAAGGCUGAAGUCAUUGUCGUUUUUCAGGAUUACUUCUCCCCGCCGUUGCCGUCUUAAAUUCCACAUGAUGUUCUGUCUCCAGGAGAAGCAAUAUGCUCACUGGAUGGCUGCAUGCCGCCUGGCCUCCAAAGGGAAGACCAUGGCCGACAGUUCCUACAACCUGGAGGUCCAGAAUAUCCUGUCCUUCCUCAAGAUGCAGCACAUGAACCCUGAUCCUCAGUUCAUCGAACCAAUCACUACAGAUAUUAACCCAGAGUGCCUGGUGUCCCCACGUUAUCUUAAGAAGUACAAGAACAAGCAGCCAGGCUAUAUCAGGGAUUUGAUUUCAGCACGGAUUCUUGAAGCCCACCAGAACGUGGCCCAGAUGAGUCUCAUUGAGGCUAAGAUGCGCUUCAUCCAGGCAUGGCAGUCCUUGCCAGAGUUUGGAAUCACUCACUUCCUUGCAAAGUUCCAGGGAGGAAAGAAGGAAGAGCUGAUCGGAAUCACCUAUAAUCGUCUGAUCCGGAUGGAUGCCCACACUGGAGAUGCCAUCAAGACCUGGCGCUUUAGCAACAUGAAGCAGUGGAAUGUCAACUGGGAGAUCAAGAUGGUGACCGUUGAGUUUGCAGACGAGCCCAGCCUGUCUUUCAUCUGCGCCGAGGUGGACUGCAAGGUUGUCCACGAGUUUAUCGGCGGGUACAUCUUCCUGUCGACACGAGCCAAGGACCAGAAUGAGUCACUAGAUGAGGAAAUGUUCUAUAAACUGACCAGCGGCUGGGUCUGAGUGGUCCCAGGCCAGCAGGAAUCAAUGAUUUUAGGUCAUGGGAAGCGGGUUAGGGUGGGAAGUGGUGCAGACUUGUAUGGGUUUAUUUUAUUGUGUUCUUUUGUCUUUUGAAGUGUUUGAAACUGUGCUGAAGAAGUCAAAAUUUAGCACAGUUAUUGCCAAGACUGACACAAUUAUUGUUCUAGUUUUUUUUAAUAUAUAUAUUUGCAUUAAUGCUCACAAAAUAAUUUGUUACUCCACUAAUGUUUUGGUUGGUGUACUGUCCAGCUGAAGUCUUGUGUUUUAGAAGGAGCCUUAAAAUAACACCCUGUACCACCACCUUCUUCUUCUUCUCCUCUUAUCGCGCUCUCAUCUUUCACCCUGUUAGGAUUAUGGCCACAAAUUUUCAUCCAAGGCACUGGUUGAUCAACCUUUCGAUUUAAUUCCAAAGACUCAUCUUUUCUGCUCCAAUUAUCAAGGUUCCUACUACUCCUUAAAGUCUGGAAAAGGAUGGAAUUUGUUUUUAUAAUUUUCCCACUCUGGUGAAGUAUGGAGAAAAGCUUUUUUCAAUCUUUAUUCCUUUUUUCAUUUUCCAAAAGAUAAAAGAUAUGAAUUUCUGAAUAAAGGCCUUCUUAUGUGAAUUCAUAUUUCUAUAAAGGUCUAUAAUGACCUUUAUCUCAGAUUUGCUUUCUAAAUUACUGCAGUUGCUCCAAUCAUUGAUCUUUUUUGUUUUUGAGUCCUGUUUAGGUGCUUUUUUGGGCUCUGGAUAAAUCUGUUUCUGAGUCUUAAACUGGACUGAAAACUUUUGAACUUGGUUUGGUUUAGAUGCCAAACAAAUAGUUAGAAUAAACAAUCUGAGGGAUAUGGUGAAAUGAAAGAAUGAUUGCAAACUGUGAUUUAAAGAAUCUGUUUAAUUUAUUAUAAGUAUUGUGGAUUAGAACCGAUUUAACGUUUCGCCAGAUGCCCAAAAGACGUGAAAUGAAUCGGAAGUAGUGAGUUAUUUAACAAUUUCUGAAAAACCAAAUAAUAAAAACAACACUAGUCAAAUGUAUUGCAUUCAGGUGGUUAUAAUGUAGUAAGGACUGACAGAAACUAUUUGAAAAAUAAUUCUGAACAGGACAUUUGUAGGAGCCCUGCAUUCUCUUCUGUAGCUGGACUAAAGGAGCUAAACUCUUGCCAUAUAAACGUAUAAAGCAUUUAUAUUUAUCUUCCAUAAAGGAAUAAAUCAAUCGUUAAAUCUUAUCAAAAGGGUAUCUGUAGCAGCAAUGGCUUCUCAUAGGUGCUCUUUACCUCCACACUGUCCUUUCUAUGAAUCUCUCUGAAAACUCUUGUAAGCACUUCUGCUUAUAGAUUCCUCUUUAUGGAUAAGAUGUUAAAUUUUUCUUUUGCUUCAGUGUUUCGCAA